CACGAAAUUGAUGGGGUCUAGUAACAAAACGACGCAAAAGCUCUCGGCCACGAGGCAGAAAAAAAGAACAUCUCUUCUCUUCUCAGCCCAUAGCUUCGUCACCUUGUCCUGAUCUGGCAUCAAAAAUAAAUAAAAAACGUUUUUCAUGGGAGAUUGCUCUCGUAUAUUUCCGAUACUCAUUCCUCUUUUUAGUACAUGUCGUUGGUCAUCAUCACCCUAUGCUCGCCUUGCUUCUUCAUAGCAAACCAGGGCUCUCAUUUCCUCAUUUUUUUUUUAAGAAAGAGAAAGCGGACAUUGAAGAAGUGCGGACUACGAUGCUUGCCGGGAAAUAUACUAUCCAACCGUUGCGCACGGUGGCCAUGCGGCGUUUCUAGUGCAACCAUGCAAUAUAACAGUCUCCACAUACAGUUGUACAGCAUUGAAGUUAAUACCAUGAUCCAGAAAAAAAAAUGCAACAUUCAUAGGAUAUGGAUACGCCCGGAUGUAGCACUGGGGGUCUACAUGUGCGCUGAAAUACCAAUGUCUCUAAAAAAGUAGUAUAGAGAAAGUAAUGAGGCAGUGUAAGGUACUUUCCCUGGAGCAUGUUGACGCAACCAAGUAUCGAAAAAGGUAUCGGACCAAAAAAAAUAA